AUGAUUUUUCUGGAAGAAGCAGAACUACAACAAUAUUCUGAAUUGUUUAGAGAUGUAUUAAAAAUUUCAAAAGUGUCACAGUUGAAGUUUGUAGUGACUGAAGAUUUAGAUCAAAUUGGCCUGUCUAAACCGGAACAAAGGCGUUACAAGAAGAUAUUUUCGAAGUAUUUCCCAAACCCAUAUAUUUACAAGUUGAGGAAGUUAUUGAGCUCACACAAGAAACAUGAACCCUAUUCGCAAGGACACACAUCCAUUCCAAUGGAUUUUCAAACCUUUGGUGUGGUGCAACAAGGCACAUGGAGUACAGGGAACCAAAGACUGCAAGUUGCUAUUAAAUGCUUGGGCCAGGAGCGCAUGACGUCAAAUUCGGCCGAAUUCUUAAAGGAAGCGGCUGUAAUGCACAGUAUUGAACACCCAAAUAUCGUACGCUUAUAUGGAGUUGUGUUGCAUUCUGAUUCACUGAUGCUGGUAACGGAGCUGGCUCCACUCCGGUCGCUUCUAGAAGCCUCCGUGAAGUGUCGCUUCGGUCCAACUUUCUCGUACCUAGCCUCUGCGAAAUUCGCGGAGCAAAAAUGUAACGGAAUGAAUUACUUAGAAAACAAAAGACUGAAACCCUAG